GCCGCUGGAAAGGAGAUGUGGACGGUCCCUUCCGCCCGCCGGACGGGCCCCCGUUUCCUGGAGGAGGGUUUUAGGGGGCCCCCUCGCGCCCGGGAGCCCCCCCGAUGGAUGCAUCACUGUAAACGUUACCACUCACCUGAGCCCGAGCCCUAUAUGAACCAUAGAAGGAAGAGGCGGCGGUCUCGUAGCAAAGAGCACCAUGAGGGAAGACCACGGUAUCCCACACUCCGGGAUUUUCCCAGGAGGUCGCGUUCGAGAAGCCAGGACAGAUUGCCUUACCAGAGAGGGUACCGAGACAGGAUGGACAGUGAACUCCACAAGUUUGAAGAGCCAAGCCCGUCUUUUGUAGAGGACUAUUACUCUACCCGUCGUUCACGUCACCACAGGAGAUCUCGGGAGCGUCAUCGGACCAGGAAGCACCAGCACCAUUGCCGGAAACGCAGGACCAGGUCAUGUAGCAGCACCUCCUCGACGAAAUUGUGGGCAGCCUUGGCGAAGGGACUUUUGGCAAAGUGGUGGAGUGCGUGGACCACGCCAGGUAGGAGUUUAUUUCAACGCCUGACCGGAUUAUUAAGGCUUCUUCUUCCAAAGGCAGAAAUCUGGCCUCUUUACCUCUAGAGCAGAGGUGAAAGCCUUUGUGCUUUCCAAGGCCACUGGCACGCGCACAAAUUAGCCAACGGGACACACCCGAUGGGCACAUUUUCAUCUCGUGCUCAAAACCAGUGAGAGAACUCUCCCAGGAUGAUUGUGAACGGACGUCACCUGGCCAGUUGGCGUUGAGGUUGCCCUUACUUCUUCAGGGACGGCACAGAAUCACCUUUGCCAUUGCCUUAGAAGUGGCCAAACCUCUUCAUCACCAGCUCCCCACCCCCACCUUUGGAUAUUAAAGGAAAAGAGGAAAAAGACAGAGGGAAAAUUGGGAAUGCUGCG